UCGUACGCUACAGUCAUGCCGAAUAUAGCGAUUAUUGGAGCGGGUGUCAAUGGUGUAUCAAGUGCCAUUAAAAUUCUGGAGCAUUAUCGAAACAAUGAGCCAAACACUCCAAUACAGGUAACCAUUGUGUCGGAUGAGUUUACACCUAAUACGACUGGAGAUGGAUCGGCUGGUCUCUGGGGACCAUAUCUGCUGGGCGGCACCGACGAGGCUAAAGUCUACAAAUGGUCAAAAAGUAUGCACGAUUUUCUGGAGCAGAUUUGGCUGAGUGAUGAUGCCGGCGAGGCUGGUGUAUGCCUUUUACCGUGUGUUCGUCUCAGCACUACCGAGUCAAGUGUGGGCGACUUCUGGCGUGAUAUUGUCUACGGAUCAAACGAUUUGACAUCUAAGCAAUUGCAGCGUUACAAUGAAGGAAGGACUGUGAAGUUUACAUCGGGACUAUCUUUUGUCACUUACACUUCAGAGCCGGCCAAGUUGUUGCCCUUCCUAAUGAAGCGUUUUCUACGAAAUGGUGGAAAAAUCGUUAGACAAAAAGUCACAGAUUUGGACAACUUUAUUCUCUCAUCGCCGUAUGAUGUGGUGGUAAACUGCACGGGUUUGGGUUCUCGAGAAUUACUAGAUGAUCAGCAGAUGUAUGCAGUAAGAGGACAAGUAUCCCGCAUCAAAGCCAAUUGGAUAUAUACGGCCAUAUUGGAUGAGAGUGACGAUGGCAAUUACAUUAUCCCCAACUGUGAUACCGUAGUCCUCGGUGGCACUCAUCAAGUUAAGGACUAUAACGUGAACGUCUCACCUUCGGAUAAAUCAUUCAUUUUACAAGGUUGUCGUAGGUUUGUUCCCGGCAUUGAAUAUGCUCAGCAUCUAAAAGAUUGGGUUGGCCUACGACCAGGACGUGGAGAGCUUCGUCUGGAGGCGGAAAAGCGGGGCGGAAAGGUGGUCAUUCACAACUAUGGUCAUGGUGGCAGUGGAGUCACUCUCUGCUGGGGCUGUGCCGAUGAUGUUUUGCAACUUCUGCUACAAUCCAAAAGCGUAUCAAAACUGUAAUUAUCGCUAUUAGUAAUUGCGUUUAGUCAGUGCAAUCGAGAAAAAAAAUAUCUGUGAAUAUGUGAGAAUAAAUGUUUAUAAAUUU